AUGGCGUGUUGCUCAACACGCAGCGGACUGAGCUGUGUGCCGAACUUCAAGAAUAAGAGCUUCCAGAAUCUUGGGACUGUAGAGGCGAAACGGAAGCAGGUCUUCCGUAGUAUUUUCCCAGACGUAUCAAAGAAGGAUAUCCCUUCCCCUUACAAGAAUAUUAUGAGAUCCACAGGCAGUCCAGUCACGCCAGGUGCCAGCAUCGCAACACCACUUGACAUAUUUGAAACUAUUAUGGAUCACAACAAUAACGAGCCUGGCUUCGCAGCUGCGAUCAAUGACAUACUCGGCAAUGUUGUCCAAACCGCCAAAAAUGAAAAUAUUCCAUUGAAUAAAACAUCUCAAAUCGCCUUUUGGACUGCCUACAACCCCCAAAAUGUCGAACAAGAACUUUUUGAUCCACCGCUCUUUCCAAUUACAAGUGUGAAUUUGCCACCUUCGUCCGACUCUCUCAUGGGCUAUGCGUGGGAUACUCUCGACACAACCCUAACAUCAGCGCAAUCCGUAAGCACACCGGACAUGUUGACUCCACAAACCGUCAACGAUUGCCUAACACUCAAUGUCUGCUUUAGUUGUCUGUCCAACAACAUUUUCAAGACCACCGGCAGCGGGGCACAAAUUGAUGUGUGCGGCAGUUGUCACUCCACUGACGUUCUGUACGGGAUUCCGUGCGCACCCGUCGAGGAACUGCUGGCGUCAAACCAGCCCCUCGACGUGUUCAUGGGAGGAGCAGAUUCAGGAGUAAGCGAUACCGUUGCCAUCAUCAGGGCAAAGCAAGAUGUCACUUGGAAUGUGUGGACCGCCUUUGAGGAUGGCACCAAUGCAGCCUCGACAGAUAAUGAUGAGAAAACGUAUAGCGAUGUUGAUACACUCUUUGAGUUAUAG